ACGCGGCACGCGCUGUAUUGAACGCUCGCGCGACACAGAGAAAGUAGACCAAGACCAAGGGGCAGAGACACUUUACCGACUCUUUCACACGGCGGAACACGGAGAAGAAAAGACACUUUCGCCUUUUGUCGCUGAUAUGAAACAACUUUUAAUUCCCCUGCUUUGGCAAUCACGCUCACUUGUGGAUUUAGAGGACUUUAUGGAGAUGCACUUUGUUUGAUCUUGAGGUUGUUGUUUUCACUACGUUUGCUAGGAUUUUAAGUUCCUCGGUUUGUGCAACUGGAAACAUGCCGGAGAAAAUAAGUAUUUCGGAUUUCGUUUCUUUGGCGAAAGAGGACCUAUCGUCUCCGGGAAGCUCUGGAUUCCAGUCUAAAAUGAGCGACUGUCGCAGCACCGUGGCCGCUCUCGAAGAGUCUCUAGAGCAGGACCAGAUGUCUCUACAGAGGAUGAAGAAAAUUGUAAAAGCCAUCCACAACUCUGGACUCAAUCAUGUGGAGAGUAAGGAACAGUACACAGAGGUUCUGGAGAAUCUGGGGAACAGUCACCUGACGCAGGAUAACAACGAGAUAUCCACAGGCUUCCUGAACCUGGCUGUGUUCACGCGAGAGAUCACUGCACUCUUCAAAAAUCUGGUGCAAAACCUGAACAACAUCAUUUCUUUCCCUCUGGAGAACGUGCUAAAGACUGAGCUGAGAGACAGCAGGCUGGAGCUGAAAAAACAGAUGGAGAAAAGCUGGAAGGAUUAUGAUGCUAAAAUAGGCAAGCUGGAGAAAGAAAGGAGAGAGAAACAGAAACAGCAUGGGAUGAUUCGGUUGGAAUCAACAGACACAGCAGAGGACAUGGAAAGAGAAAGAAGGAACUUCCAGCUGCAGAUGUGUGAGUAUUUACUGAAGAUUCAGGAGCUGAAAGUUCGUCAAGGUCCAGAUCUACUGCAGAGCCUAAUUAAGUACUUUCAAGCCCAACUUAAUUUUUUCCAGGAUGGACUGAAGGCUGCCGAGCACCUGGGUCCAUUUGUGGAGAAGUUAGCAGCCUCUGUACAUACGGUUCGUCAUGAGCAGGAUGAAGAAGUAAAGCAGCUCUCUCAAUUGCGUGACUCACUCAGAACACAACUACAGGUUGAUGGCAAAGAGGAUUUUCUAAACAGGAAGAACUCUGGCCAUGGAUAUAGCAUCCACCAACCACAAGGCAAUAAGAAAUAUGGCACAGAGAAAUCUGGAUUCCUUCUUAAGAAGAGCGAUGGGAUCAGAAAGGUUUGGCAGAAGAGGAAGUGUGGGGUAAAAUAUGGCUGUCUCACCAUUUCACACAGCACGAUCAACAGACCACCCGCAAAGCUCAACCUCUUGACGUGUCAGGUGCGGCCCAACCCUGAGGAAAAGAGAACGUUUGAUUUAGUUACACACAAUCGCACAUACCAUUUCCAGGCUGAGGACGAGCAAGAAUGCAUGAUAUGGGUUUCUGUGCUGCAGAACAGUAAGGAGGAGGCCUUGAACACGGCUCUCGGAGGAGAUCAGCUCCAGUUUCAGGACAGUGGUCUGCAGGAGCUUGUCCGAGCUGUGAUCUCAGGCCUGAGAAACCUGCCAGGCAAUGAGGCCUGCUGUGACUGUGGAGCUCCAGAACCCACUUGGCUCUCCACUAACCUGGGCAUUCUCACCUGUAUCGAGUGUUCAGGAAUCCAUCGUGAGCUUGGAGUACAUCACUCACGAAUUCAGUCUCUCACUCUUGACGUGCUGAGCACAUCUGAGCUCCUGUUGGCAGUGAGCAUUGGAAACGCCAAGUUUAAUGACAUCAUGGAAAUUAACAUGCCCAGUGAUGCAGUCAAGCCCCUUCCAAAAAGUGACAUGACUGCGAGGAAGGAGUACAUUGUAGCGAAGUAUGCAGAGCGACGCUACGUCCUCCCAAAAGAACACUCUGAAGCGUAUCAUGUGUAUGACACUGUGAGGAACAAAGAUCUCACGUCACUGCUACAGCUCUAUGCAGAGGGAGAGGACCUGUCUAAACCAGUGGCCACACCUGAAGGACAAGACCUGAAGGAGACCGGUCUUCACUUAGCUGUGCGCAUGUCUGAGAAGACUUCUCUGGCUCUGGUGGAUUUUCUAGCUCAGAACUGUGGCUGUCUGGAAAAGAAGACAGCAGAAGGAAACACAGCGCUUCAUUACUGUGCAUUAUACAACAAACCAGAGUGCUUGAAACUUCUGCUCAAAGCAAAGGCGGUUUUACACACAGUGAACUCAGCGGGUGAGACGGCUCUAGACAUUGCCAAGAGACUGCAGCACAUGCUGUCGAACUGGCACACAGGUAUACAGUAA